AUGCCCACCAUCCCCGACGUUCUCAAAAGCAACGAGGCCUAUCUCAAAUCAUGUAUUCUUUAUGAGAUGCUUGCCAGUAAGUCUGCUUCAGAUUGCUAUCAAAACUUUUGCAAGAAGCUUGGAGCCGACGCGAUGAGUUACUAUGAUUUCGACUAUUGGUACUAUCGAUUCUACGGUGGGGAGAUGGAUUUGAAUUAUGAUAGGAGCAGUGACCCGACACCGAUUUCUUUUUCUGAUAUGCCAGUGGUUGUGUUGAAGCAUAUAGUGAAGGACUUGGAUCCAGUUGAACGAACCCCUCUGAGACGCAUUUCUACAGUAAUGAAUGCUGUAGUGGAUGAUGUAAAAUCAGUUUAUGAGACUUUUGAUUUGAAACUUUCUGAGAGCCAGAUGAUCAUGAAGGUGAAUAAAAAUACUGGGAUGACAUAUCAGAAUACGGAGAACGGAUGUACUGUACAAAAAUCAAAUGAAUCUGGUAUUAGAAUUGAAAAAAGCUUUCUAGAAAAAGGCUUUUCUGAUAUGACUCAAGCAUUGACUAUUCCGAAACUUAAGAUUGACUCCUUUACCAUCACAUUCUCAAAUCCUGAAACCGAUCACUCUCUGAUCUACAGCCUCCCCAUCGGAUUGCAUGUGAAAUCCCUGAAAAUUCAUGGAAACUCCGUUGAAGUGGUGCAUCUUUUGUGUCAUUUUAAGCCAGGAGCCUUGGAAACUAUUUGUAUUAAUACACAAGGAAUGGGAGACACUGGGAUGUAUGUGAUGCAGCUGGAACAGUGGAAACAGGCAAAACAAGUUGAUAUAAGUUAUGGAAAGCCGUUUCACGCGGAUCAUCUCCCAUUGUUUUAUCAUUUUGAACGAUUCGAAAUUAAUGUGUAUGGCGUGUGCCCGAUUCCAAUUGUUUAUCUGCUUAAUGCUCUCUCCCUAAACCCAAAUUUCAAAAUGUGUCAUCUGAAAUCAGGAAUAGAGCAGAAUAACAUAAUCGCUAUCAUGUUGAAACUUGGUGUGGAGAUUGAGGAUGAGGACAUAGACAGCAUUACUCAUCGUCAGCCCAUUCCAAACUCCAACGCGUUUUUAAAGACGGAAAUUCGACUUGAUGGUAUCAUUAUCCAUCGAAAAACUUGUUGUUCUAAGUGUUAUAAGGUUUUAGUGGAUGGAAUGACGACUUCUUGA